CCAAAAAUAAGAAACGUCAUUUAUUGCCUCCAGCUCUUUUCCUUCGUUUGAUUCGACAGUGCCAUAUCUUCCAGAUUUUUCUUUUCGUCCGACUUGUCUAGUUAUCACCUUUUCAUACCCGAUCUAUCCGCGGAAUCUACCAAAAUUCCUUUCUACUAUUCGUACACAACAGAGGAUCAACCUUUUCAAAUUCUUCUUCCCCACUGUAUCUAUCAGUUAUGGGAUCGACUCGUGCACAGCAAGCUUGAGAAGUUGGAAAGAAACGAUGGAGAAAGAAUGAAACACAAAUCCCAAGGGUCAUACCGCCACCGCCCACUUAAGCAUGAUAAAUCCAUUAGGCUUGUCAAGCUUCUGCCCUUCCAAGAUGAAAGGAGAAUCCGAUGCCGACUUAUCACUGUCAACAUCGACGAAUUUCCACCUUACGAGGCCAUCUCAUACGUAUGGGGAGAUCCAAAAGACAAGUCUAAAGUGAUUUGCCAUGGAAAGACCUUGAAAAUCCCAACGAAUCUUUUCUAUGCCCUACAGCAGUUCCGAGAGGAAACUAAACCGCGAAUAUUAUGGGCAGAUUCGAUAUGCAUCAACCAACGCGAUCUCGUUGAACGUCAAAAGCAAGUCCAGAUCAUGGGCAAGAUAUACGAAAAAGCUAGACGUGUUCUUGUUUGGUUCGGACGAGAUCUUGGUUCCGAUGCAGGGCCUGCGUUUGACUUCGCGAAGACCUUGGCUUCGAUCUCCAGAUCUCUUCGAUACCCAUUAAUGGAAAACCAGGAAUCAUAUAUUCUUUCCCACAUUGAGCAGGUCCCAACAUCACAGCGGGAUUCAAUCAUCAACCUCCUUUCCAAUGAAUGGUUUUCCCGCGUAUGGGUACUACAAGAGGUCGGGCUGGCACGAGAAUGCCUGGUUACUUGGGGCGAUAAAACUCUGGAUUGGAAUGAGCUCUGUGCAAUCUCCAAAGCCCUUGCUUGGUUAGACGUUGGAUCAUUUCGUCUUCAAAAACUCGUCUACUAUUGCGCAUAUGAUUUGGGAUACCUCGACUUUCAAAGCAAGUUACCAAUCCUUGAGGUCUUGGACUAUGCGCGCAGUUUCCAAUGCUCCGACCCUAGAGACAAGAUCUACGCACUUUUGGCGCAUAGUUCAUUUCGCGAUGCGUUGUCAACUUCAACAUCCUUAAAUCCCAUUCCCGUGGACUAUUCACUGCCAUACUCUGAGACCUACUUUGCUACCGCCAAAACCUUAUUGGAAGGUACAAAUUGCGGUCCGCUAUCCGUUUUAUCAUAUGUCGGUCACACCCACGAGACAAUAAAUAACCCGGAGCUGCCUUCCUGGGUCCCUCAAUGGAAUGUCAUAUACGAUGCCACGGUACUUAUGUUGGAACACCAAAUUUACUCUGCUUCCGGGCAUAUAGCCCCGCACUACUUUUUGAGCAAUCACACUUUAGAGAUACGAGGGCUUCUGUUUGAUUCUAUCAAAUGGACAUCCGAUGUAUUUAAGCCCGAAGACUUUAAACGGGGGCUAGUAUCCAGCAAGAGUAUUUUCGAAAAUAUCUUCGAUGAGCUCGAAUGCUUGGAGCAAGGUCCACUGACCGAAGAAGCUUUUGAAAAGUUUUGUUUGACCUUGAAUGCUGGAAACUGUUUUAAAUCAAGGAAAGGUCCUCAAUCGGAACUACCUCGUCAACAGCGUAUCGCAGACUGCGUUGCCUUCUUCGAGGCAACAGGGGUCAAGUUGGCAAUAUUAAACAAGCUGAAAGACAAAUUUGGGUCAGGGAAUCUUUUUCGAUUUUGGGAAACUGCAUACAUGUGCUGCAACCGACGAUUCUUCGUCACUGAAAAAGGCUAUUAUGGAAUUGGACCUGAAGUCAGUCGCGAAGGAGAUAAGGUUUCAAUACUUUUCGGUGCAAAAGUUCCUUUUGUUCUUCGGCCUCAAAUGACGGGCUAUUAUAGGCUCAGUGGAGAAUGCUACAUCCACGGGAUUAUGGAUGGCGAAGCAGUCGAGAUGUGGAAGACGGGUGAGCUGGAAGAGCAAAAGCUUGUUUUGAUUUAAAUAUCUUUUAGGUCUGCAA